AGUGAAGCAAGUCCCUCUACAUCAGGAGAACCUAAACAAAACCAGGAGAAUCACACAGCUAAGAGCUAUCAAUGCUGUUCAGUGUGUGGACAAGAAUGCAAAAAGUUAUCAAAACGGCAAAUACAUAUGAGGAUACACACACUCUGUGUGUGGAAAAUGUUGGCAAAGGUUAUCAGACCUUCACAAACACAUGAGAACACACACCGGUGACAAACCAUACUCCUGCUCUGUGUGUGGGAAGCAAUUCAGUGAGAGGGGAAACCUUAACAAACACCAGAAAAUACACACAGGAGAGAAAUCUUACCCCUGCCCUUACUGUGGGAAGAGGUUUGCUCACACAGGAGCCAUGAAGAUACACCUGCUGAAGCACACAGUACUCCUGAAACACAAGUGGAUGCACACAGAAGAGAAACCUCACUCUUGCUCUAUCUGUGGAAUGGCUUUCUCUACAUCGUGGAAUCUCACUAAACACCAGAAAAGACACACAGGAGAAAGGGGUCACGUCUGUGACGUCUGUGGGAAAGGGUUCUCUGAAUCCACACACCUGAGGGACCAUCAGAGGACGCACACUGGAGAGAAAUCUUACCAGUGCCCUGACUGUGGGAGGGGCUUCUCGCAAUCAGGAAGUCUGAGAAGACAUCAGCAGAUCCACUCUAGCGAAGCUGGCCAGGUCCCUGAUGCUAGCCUGGUCCCUGGUGACGGUGAUGCUCUUGAUCCACCGACUGACUGUACCUCCAACGACCAUGUGUCAACGUUACCUGAGCACCCCCGAGGGCCUCCGUCAGAUACCUGGGAUUAGUGAUGCCUUAGAGGAACUGCAGGUAAAAGAAGAAGAAGUUGGUGGUGGUCUGAUCAAUUCUGAUGGAGAAGAAGUUGGGUUGGAUCCUACUCAUCAUGGAGAGAAUAACCAGGAAGAGAGUCCCUCUACAUCAGGAGAACCUGAACAACACCAGGAGAGUCACACAGCUAAGAGCUCUCACUGCUGUUCAGUGUGUGGAAGAGAUUGCCAAAAGCUUUCAUCACUGGAAAGACACAUGAGAACUCACACAGGAGAUAAGCCGUACAGUUGUUCUGUGUGUGGGAAGCAGUUCCGUGAAAAAAUACAUCUUCGAAACCACCAGAAAGUGCACACUGGAGAGAAACCUUAUGCCUGCCCCGACUGUGACAAGAGCUUUGCUUUCACUUCAGCCUUGAAAAGACACCAUAAAUUACACACAGGAGAGAAAAUCCACUCCUGCUAUGUGUGGGGGAAGAGUUUUACUCAAUCAUCCACCUUGAAGGAUCACUUCAGGACGCAUUCAGGAGAUAAACCCUGUUCUGUCUGCGGCAAGUGUUUUAGUUAUCCAAGACCCUUUCAGCUCCAAUGCCUGGCACACACAGGAGAGAGACCUUACAGUUGCGCUGAAUGUGGCCAGAGGUACAUACGUCCUCAAAACCUCCGUAGACAUCAGAAGACUCAUGCUGAUAGAGCACCUGUUGAGUUUGAGGACCUCAGUCAAAUAGCUGAGAUGAACGCUACAAUCGAAGGAAUGAAAGAGGAAGAAAAUGAUGAAGACGAGGAGGAUAUUGGUGGUCUGAUGAAUGCUGAAGGAGAAGAAGCUGGAUUGGAUCCUCAUCAUGGAGAGAAUCCAUAUCAGAGUUCUGACCAAGAGGAGAGUCCCUUUACAUCAGGAGAACCUGCACAUCACCAGGAGAAUCAAACAGUUAAGAGCUCUCACUGCUGUUCAGUGUGCCGAAGAGAUUGCCUAAAGUUAUAAAAACUGCUAAUACAUAUGAGAAUACACACAGGAGAAAAGCUUUACCCUUGCUCUGUGUGUGGAAAGCAGUUCCGUGAAAAAAGACAUCUUCAAGACCACCAGAAAGUGCACACUGGAGAGAAACCUUACGUCUGCUCCAAAUGUGACAAGAGGUUUGGUUUCGCCUCAAUAUUGAGAAGGCACCAGUGGUUACACACAGAAGAGAAACCUUACUCCUGCUCUGUGUGUGGGAAGGGUUUCAGCCGUCCAGAUCAGUUAAAGGACCACUCUCUGCAACAUGCAAGGACACCCCACUACUGUUCAGUGUGUGGGAAAAGCUUUGCCUUGUCUAAACAACUGCUGAGACAUGAGAAGACUCACACAGGAAAGAGACCUUAUAGUUGCUCUGUGUGUGGGAAGAGUUUCAGCGAGAAGGCGUAUCUAUCUCCAGUGCACACUGGAGAGAAACGACACCCUUGCCCUGACACACACACACACACACACACACACACACACACACACACACACACACAUGAAAACACUUGUGGGUCAAAGACUAGAUAAGAAAAGAUAAAUAUGUAUAAAUAUAAUAUUAAAUCACUCAACUCUUACCCUUCUUUUGACCCCAAAAUAUUUGUGUUGCAAACUAUUAAAUUAAGAGAGUUAUUGAGCCCUAAAGUGUCAAAAUGUCCUUCAGUGUAACUGGGUUAGAAAUCUAAUGACAAAAGUGUUUUUAAAAUGUAGAAAUUCAUCCUAAAAAUAUAAAUGAACACCCAUGGCAUAAUUGUGUUAGUGUUUGCAACGAUAUAUUAAAUAAUGGGCACAUACUGGAUCUAAAAAAAUAUUUAAAAACUUGAAUAACUUUUGUCCGGACUUUGGCGCUUCAUCAAUGUCAUUCAGUAUAACAAAGGUAAAAAGCCAUUUUAAAGCAUAUCACAUGAUCAUGUGACCGUGUGUGACAUCACAAAGAAGACCUAUUGAAGACCCUCUAUCAACGUGAUGAGGUGAGUAAAUCUCUCUGAAAUAUUUGAUGAGUUCACCUUUUCAUCCUCUAGUAACCUUUGUAACAAAAACACAUGUCCCUUCAGUACAACACAGAAAACAUACUUUUAAUGUUAUUAUUUUAUAAAAAUCUAUAUUAAAUAUGAAAAGGUAGGAUAAUCUUUAUAGGUCAAGGUCAUUACUUUAUAUAGGUGGCCAAGGGAACUGCCUGUUAAAUGUGUUUAUGUAUGAAAUUCGUCCUUCGGUAUCACGCUUUUGUCCUUCAGCACAACAAAAGUUUCAUGUUAUACCAUGUCACCCGUUAUGCUGAAGGACAGUAGCUUUGUUAUCCCAUGUUUUCACUAGUUUACAACAUUUAAUCAUGCAAUUCAUAUUUACUUGUUGUAUGAAUACUGAAUAUUAUCAUUUUAAACUAUUUUAUGGCAUUGUAAGGGAUAGGGUGGAUGGUUUAUGGAUCCCACCUUCUGUUAGGGUCUGGCCACAUCACCUCAUCCACAUCACAAGCAAUGUCAUCCCUGGCUAGGCAACGGGGAAAAUAAUCUCCUUGCCGUAUCCAACCCUGGACUGACCCCACCUCAGUGUCUCCGCAUGCCUCUUCCGUUGCUUGCAGAAGAGGCAGGCGGGCAUGUGGUUGGCGGUCAUACACUUUCCAACGCCAAGCUGAAAAUAAUUCCUCAAUCGGAUUGAGAAAUGGGGAGUAAGGGGGCAAAUAUACAACUGUGAAGUUAUUGUGGUUGGUGAACCAGUCCCUGACCAGAGCAGCCCGGUGGAAACUAACAUUAUCCACGAUGACCACAAACCUGGGCUGCUCUGGUCCGUCCUGUACAUAUUAUCCCAGAUGACCACAAACCCGGGCUGCUCUGGUCCGUCCUGUACAGCUGCAUUAUGUAGUGCUUCCAGAAAUAUGAUCAUGUGUUGCAGUAUUGUAGGGAACCAGGGUGCCAUGGUGAUGGGUGGCAUGGUGAUGGGUGGCAUGGUGAUGGAGAACUCCUUGCAGACUAAUGGCUGCACACAAGGUGAUAUUUCCCCCGCGUUGCUGUUAGGGUUCGUUCCUUUCGUCCUUGUCAGUCAUUGGUUCAUUGGUGAAAUUAGCAUUAUGACAAUGUCUUUAAUUAAAUCAUUCAACAACCGUUAUUAAUGCAAUUGCAGACAGAAGUUGACAAUCAGGAACGUAGCACGCAUGUUUCCGAGUAAGUUCUGCACUAUAGGUCCACGUUGCUUUUAUCAUGCUCGUAGUCAACCCCCUGUGAUGUCACUGCAUACGUCAUUACCUUCUACUCCUCAUACCAAGCCCAUGCAUACACAGCUAUACUAACUUGCAAGAGAGAUACAAUAGUUCCAGUGUUUUCUAAGGCCUCGGCAGUAAAUGUCCACUCCCCCAAGUUGAUUUAUUGUGGAAUGUCUGACUAGUCUCUUAUCUCCUACACUCCCCUGCAGAGCUCCUUCUUCACAGUCACACAUUUCUCAGAGGAGCCUCUUUAUAAUGAGGCAGAGAGAGAGAAUUAGAAAACAACUGUGGAACAAUAUUAAAACCUCAUAAUGUAUAUAUAUUGUUAAUCUGUAGUCUAGGACCCUAUAGAUGUAAGGAGGGGUCUUAUAACUAUUAAUAUAACAUAAGCAUAAUCAAUUAUUCUAAUACAUCAAACAUUUGUACAGUCCAUAUCAUGACCCCUAGGUGAACCCGACACUGCCCAGGGACAUUCACAACGGCUCUUUGUCCUAUAACAUUUCGGCCCGAUGCCUGGUUUUAGCUAGAUUGAAUCCAGCUUCAUCAAUGAAAAUGAACUCAUGAGGCUGUGCAGCUGCAUCGAAGUCCAGGACUCUCUGCCCAGCCUCCCUCAUCGUCAGGCCAUGAUUUAUGACAUGGUCCACCAAAGUGGCCCAAAUGUCGUCGGAAAUAUGUCUCCGUCUAUUGCCUGGUCCCCUUCUUUGUUCUUGUCCUUGUCCUCCUCCUACUCCUCUCUCUCUUCCUCUUCCUCUCGCUCUCACUGCCUCCAUGUUUGCAAAGUUCUCACAACAGAGGUGAUCUUACCUGAGGUCUAUUUGUAGUGCUAAUGCUCAGACUAAUUGGUGUUCAAUUACCGUAUAAGGGUCAAAGACGUAUAAGGUUUUAUAAGUAGCAAAAAAUUAUAUUAGUUAUAUUCAAGAAUAAAGCCAAUAAUACAUUUUUAUUGUGAUUCAUAUGAAUGUACCCUAGUAAAAUGUCAUUCAGUAUUCAGUUUUUCAGUUUUUAUUUUAUGCCCAUUUUUAAUAAUCACAAGGUUAUCUAUCCAUUCUUAGACUGGCAGAAAUAUAACUACCCAGAAAAAAUAACAUUAUUUUAUUUUGAAUACCACUUAUUUGACGUGUCAUGGGUACAACUCAAAAUUUGUUGAAGGUUUUUUACAAAAACUUCCUGCGUUACACUGGGGAAAAAAAUCCAGAAAUCUACAAAAAUAUCUUUCACUUCAUCUUUUGAGACUUGUUUUUGUCUUCUCUGAGUCAACAAAACAAAGUUAUUGUAUCGUAAUAUAAAAUACUGGUGUUAUACUGUAUGACAAUAUGUUGUUACCCUGAAUGACACUGGCACAUAAUAGGAUUCUCAUCCAUUAAAUGUUAUCAGUAGUCUAUUAAUAGUAGGCUAUACAAUGAUAACACUUCAUCAAGGUUUAAAAGUUAAAUCAACUCCCUCUCGCCUUUCUCUCAAACAUGUUUUGUUACUAUUUCAUUGCUAAUGUUAAUAAUAAUCCCUUUACUAUAAUUUGAGCCUGCGGCAACACUUUACGUUGCAUUAAGGUGCAUUAUUACAUGAUUUAUUACAUGAUAGUUAAUGUUGUAAUUAUGCAUUGUUACACUGUAACUGGUACAUUUCUAUUCAAUGCAGGAACACAAAUUAAAUUUCAAGAUACCUAAACAAAAUUGCUACAUAAAAUGCCCAUCAAACUACUUCAAUUCAAACUUGUACAGUCUCGACUUUUCAUAAAAUGCCCCAAAUAUGAAGCAGCUGUUAACUAAUAUAAUUCGUAAUCCAUUUUUAAUCCAUCAUUGUGUGUGUAAUAUUAUAUUAACUAAUAUAAUCCAUCAGUUAUACCUUAACUUAAAUAAAACACUGACUACAGUGUAAUAGUGCAACUUAAUGUUAAGUGUUUCCACUCAGCUUUAUAUCCUAUUAUAUCCUGUUCUGUUGCUGACAGUAGCAUGAAACCAUGAAAACAAUACCUUGCUUUUCUUCUGGCUCGUCUUUCCUCCCCUCUAGCAACUGGAUCUGCGUUAAUCUCUUGUCUGUGCCAUGCAGCCCUCUCCUCAUUAGACAACGGCAUCUACAGUAUGAAGAUAAUGUGCCUUGAAAAUACCUUACAAUAUUUAUUUAUUUUUACCAUUGCACUGUAAUUUUACUGUAAUUAUUUUACAGUAACAUAUUGUAUUGAUUGCUGUACUGUAAUUCUAAUUUUCUUUUGUGUUUUUUUGUUGUUGUAAAAACCUGCAAUGGCAAAAAAAUCAGCUGUAUAUAUUUUUUU